GGCUUAUUCGUUCGGCGCAUCCUGUUGAAUGUUAUAAUUUUCCUGGCAUCUGUAGACACCGCGUUCUGGAUCAAGUUUUUCAGUGAAUCCGGUCUCCCUCCGCCAACCUCCAAGAAGUAUGCCGGUCUCUUUACUGAAAAUCGGAUGACCGUUCAACUAUUACGUUUUCUUGAUAAGGAUCUUCUCAAGGAAAUUGGAAUAAGUGCUGUUGGAGACAUUAUAACGAUUUUACAACAUUGCAAGUCUCUUGAUCUCGAUAAGUUGUCUGAGACGCAAAACGCUGUUACUGUUACCUCUACAACCCCAAAUCUCGACAAGCAGCCUAUUCCACCUGGUCACGAGCUCCCUGUCCCUACAAAGCGUCGCGUUUCGAAGGAAAUUGAGGGCCCCUAUAAGAUUAAGCUUCCUGAGGGUAAAACAGAAAAAACUAGAAAAAUUCUGGAAAAAAUGGGCCUAAGUACCACUGGUAGGCCUAAUAGCGGGAUUGUUGCUGAAUCAAAUUCUUCUCGGACGGUUAUUAUUACUGCUGCACCUUCGUCAACGACGAAGCUCACCUCUUCCCAGAAGACCAUCAAUUCAUUUGAUGAGGAAAGUGAUGACGAAAAUGAGGAUUUCGAGGUUAUUAUUUCCAGCUCCAGGUCAGACGUUCGAACAGCCAAUCUUGGCGGUUCUGCUGCAACCGGUUGUCGUGGUUCCGGUGGCACAGCAACUGCUCGUUUCUCCGUCUUUGAUCGUCUUGGUGCCGAAUUGACCCCACAAAAAGCCUUAUCACCGCCAUUUCGACCCGCCCCCGACGGUAAAUCUGUUCUCACUCGUGUGAUAGACCGAACUAUCACUAGUCAAGCCGCCGAGGAUGUCCGUCUCCGGUCAACCUCUAGACCACUGAAGCGAGUGGUACGAACUAUGUCUUUUAGUCGGUCCCAAGCCAGCGAUUCGGUGUUUUCGCGUCUUGGGAGAAGCGGACCCAAAGCUGCCCAACUUCUCGACUUGCCGAACCCAUCAUCUCGGAUGUCGGGGAGAGACGGCUCAGGCCUGCCGUAUCAGGGCGUCUUCAAGCACCCUCGUCUUUCGGCUCCGGAGACUGGGUCAGCACCACUAACACCGGUGCCGCCACCACCGAAGCCCAGAGUUAAUCACAACCUCCGCAUCCCCGCCAAAAGUCGCCUGGGCCCCUGUCCCGCUGCGCCACUUAGCAAAUCUGCAGGCAUCUUCGCCGGCCAGCCUGCUAGAAGCGGUGAGUUUUUUUUACUUGAAGGAGAAUUAUUUGGCAAAAAUUCCAUGAAAGACUUGGAUCGCUUAGCGGGAGGUUAUCGUGAAGACCUUCGUGGCUUUCCUAGUGAGCGUCAGCAGACGGACCUCCGCACUCUUCGCUCUGGUACUCUUGCAUGCCCAACUGGUUUCCCGUCAACGCUGUGUAUAUAG